ACCAAAACGGCAAACUUCAACACAUUACAGUAUCAAUCCCAUUGAUAAACUGCGGCAGAUCAGAGCUCUCAUAACUGUCUGAAAGUAGUGUAGUACAUCUUGUUGGCUUUUAAAACGACCAUUAUACUUUAUAAUUCUUGAUUAUGUCUUCCUCACCUGAGAACGGCGGCGGCCUCUUCCGGUUUCGAUUCUCCUCUUUACAUCUCUCCUACAGAAACUUGGGAGUGUAUUCCUCUGGUGUUUUUUUUGCUUCUGGAAUUUGGGUCUUUAUCAACGCUUGUUUAACGAGUAAACUAGUGAACGGCGGAGAUGUACAUGUUGAAUUCGAAGAUUGGGUUCCAUUCUUGUGUUCCCUCCUGGGAAUGAUUAUUGUAAAUUCUGUUGACAAGUCUCGCCUUAGCGGUGACUCCUUUGCUUACACAGAUGAAAACAUUGCUAGUAAGGCUCGGCUUAUCCUUUUUAUUGGUUUCUCCUUGCUUGCAAGCGGUCUCGCCGGUAGUUUCACAGUAUUUAUUCUGAAAUACCUGAUGAACGGCUACCAAGGAAUGACUCUUUGGCUCGGUCUCUCCAAUAUUAUAUCUAAUAUUCUUUUGAUGAUUAGUGCAAGUUUGCUCUGGGUAACGGGCAACAUGAACGAUGACUAUCAUUACAAUCUGCAACUCUAGGAGCCCAGCAUACCUGUAUACACACCAUAAUGAAAUGAACACAUGCAAACAAUCAAAGAGUUACUAAAACAGGAACAUGAAAACAUGCUUACCCUUCUUGUCAAAGCUCUCAUCGUGAUUCUUACUCCCCCUUGACUACGGACCAAAUAGUUUGUCCGACUUUUCUAUAUACAGACACCUUUUAAUAAAUGAUCUUGAUGCAUAAAAUUCAUUCAUAUGGAUAACAUUGAACGUAUUUUCA